AUGCUGCUAUCGACGUUGCCAAAAGUGGGAUUCUACCCAUACUGGCUCAGGCCUUACAGAGAAAAAGCAGUCUGAGCUGCCAGGUGGCUUUGGUGGUGGCAGAGAUGGCCCGAGAAGCUGCCGUGAGGGAGCCAUGCAUCGAGGCAGGCCUGGUGAAGGUGCUGGUUCCCCAUCUGAACAGCAAUAACCAAGAAAUGCUGCUGAACUCUGGCAGGGCCAUUGGGCGCAUCUGCUUUGACAACUGUGAGUGGGUGGGACACUGCUGGCUCCGUCAGCAGGGCGUUCUCCGUGUGCUGAUGAGUCUGAUUUCUUUUGAAGGUUACAGAGAGUGACAGAUCUUAAUUCCAGCCUCAAACUACAUGAUAUUACCACAUGUGUUUGCAGACUCUGCGAGGGAGGCGCUGGCACAGCUGGAUGUUGCAGAUGUGCUGAUAUUUCAGCUGAAACAGGCCCCUGAUGCUGAACGCCGACAUGUCAUUUUGGAAAUACUGGGCUCUCUGGGAGAGAGCGAUACUCUGAAACUACAGUUUGCAGAGUCAGGAGUCCCAGAAGCUUUAUCCGAGAUGAUUCGGAGUCUGCAGGGAGGCUCUGACCCACAUGACCUCUGCAGCAUCAAGAUUGCCUCCAACCUAAUGGUGUCCCUGCUUUUAGGGGAUGAGUCCAUGCAGAAGUGUUUUGGUGAAGGAUCAGGUCUGGUGUACCAGGAUGUUCUGUCAUGGCUCCAGAGCUCCAACACCCAACUGCAGCUGUCGGGAGCGCUUGCCAUCGCCAACUUCGCCAGGAAUGACAGUAACUGUGUGAAGAUGCUGGACCUCGGAGUGGUUCCUCACAUCCUGACAUUGUUGGAGCAGCACGUAGACGAAGGAGACGUAUCUGUUCAACACGCUGGACUAAGCGCCCUCAGGAACCUCGCCAUUCCUGCCACCAACAAAGUGCGAAUGCUGGAGGACGGGGUGACUGACAGGAUAAAGACGCUGCUGCGCUCUGACAUGCCCCCAGUUCAGUUCAAACUGCUGGGUACUCUGCGCAUGAUGGUGGACGGACACGGUGAGCAGAACGCUUCAAACGCUUCAGUUUGGAAACAAGAGUUGUUUAGUUUUGAUGACAUGUGCUAA